AUGGCAAACAGCAAUCACAGGGUAGCAAGAGAAUUUUGGGAACCAACAACGGAGGUAAGAAUGGCCGUAAAUCAGAACAGACCCUUUGUGUAGGAAAAACACAUUCAUUAUGUUACAUUUAACAAUUAUUCACUGAAGGUGAGGUGAUUAUCGGGGAAUAUUCGCCGAGACGAAGUCGAGGUGAAUAUUCCCCGAUAAUCACCGAGCCUGAGGCGAAUAAUUGUUUUAGUAUUUUUACACAAGCUUUCGUGUUUUUUUUGAGACUGAAUUUAUUUUAAUUUUGCUUAUUUCUGCCAUUUUGAAAAUUUCUGUUUUGUUCAUAUUCACCUGUAGGUGAAUAUAACAGCUUAUUACGUCAAAUUUGACCAAUCAACGUGUAGGAUUUGUUAUGUUCACUUGCGCAAAAAUACUAAUAAUUAAUAUUAACCACUACAGGAAGAGCUUGAAAGAUAUGGCAUAGACUGGAAUGGACCAGCACCUUCACAAGAGUGGGGAACUUUAGAAGAAACGGAAGGACAAGGCAUCAUUGUUCCUAAUGUUAUACAACCAUUCACAGAUGAAUUCUUUAAUGAAGAAUUGAGGCACAUUAUUGAUGUGAGAGAGCCCUAAGAGAACUUUGGUGUAGGGCUAUAUGAAAAUGUACUUGAAUUUGUAUUAAACUAUGAAUACUGAGGCUGCACAGUGACUAUCCUAACUAUUAAACAUGCUAUACUGUAUUAAUGUUUUGAUUGCUUCAUACAAAAGCUAUUGUUGAUUCAGACGACAAAAAAUGCUCAGAGAUUGUUGAAAAUGUUGCUACCUUUUGAACAAUAUUAUUCUUUUCUAUUUUGGGGUGGGGGAAUAUGCUGGCAAUUGUUUCUGAACUGAAAAUCCGGUUCACAACCCUCAAUUACCUGGCAAUAUAUAUGUACAGAUCUUUCUUCAAACCACAUUAUACAUAUAUAUAUAUAUAUAUAUAUAUAUAUAUAUAUAUAUAUAUAUAUAUAUAUAUAUAUAUAUAUAUAUAUAUAUAUAUAUAUAUAUAUAUAUAUAUAUAUAUAUAUAUAUAUAUAUAUAUAUAUAUAUAUAUAGUUUUUCGUUUUACCUCAAAAAACCACAACAGUCUGUUUCAUCCGUAUAGGAAUCAUCUGAUGAUUCCUAUACGGAUGAAACAGACUGUUGUGGUUUUUUGAGGUAAAACGAAAAACUAUAUUACGCUCUAUCUAUAUGGUAUUGAGCACUGUUUGUGUUUCGUAAACCAAAAUCUUAAGCUAUAUAUAUAUAUAUAUAUAUAUAUAUAUAUAUUAUAUAUAUAUAUAUAUAUAUAUAUAUAUAUAUAUAUAUAUAUAUAUAUAUAUAUAUAUAUAUAUAUAUAUAUAUAUAUAUUAACCCAUUGACUGACAUCAAUCUUUAAUCAAAACACAUAUAUUAACCAUUAAAAUUCUAAUUCCAUUGAGAAUCUGGUCUUGAACAGAGUAAACUACAUACUGAAAGAAGCUGCGUUGCCACUCAUUAAUGGGUUACCAGGAAUUUGAAGAUAGAUUAAUACAGCAAAAGUAUGGUCUACAUUCAUUAAUACCAGCUACAGUACAUUAGGAGAAAUUGUUACCAAAUCUUACUGCAGAAACUUAAUGCAGUAAUCAAUCAACUUUAUUCUUUAACAAAUUUAAAUCUACAGCAAAAUGUGGAAUAUGCACAGAACAUUGCACAUAUAAUUGUCUUGUUGUAAAUUUAUCAAAAAUAUAAAUCUGAAAAGUGGAAACGUCUUAGUUUAUCAUGAUAACGAAACUCAAUAAUGUGUAGUACAGUUUGCUACAUUUCUAAAACCUGCCAUAACCUUGAGAACCCAGGGUUAUAGAUGACAUGCAAGCUUUUGCAAAUUUUUCAUAUGUCUCAUGUGUUGUUGAGAUGGUAACUCGAUUGAAACAACUGUCGCCUUCAAGUAGUGGUUUCUUUGGGUCAUUGGCGAACAUGACUUGUAAGUCAUCUUGCGGGUCAAACAGCAUUGAUCCUGUCAUAAAGAAUAUCAGUGAAGUCGCCAACGUAUAGCCAGUGUUCUCGUCUAAACAGAUGGGAUAUAGGUAGGAUGUCACACUAAUAUUACACUUAAUAUACCUUUGUAUACAGUUGGAUUAACUCAUUGAGUGGCAGCACUCUUCCACUGAAGAAUAAAAUUGUCUGGCGUUAGACAGAGUAAAAUAAUAAAGCGGGGCGCAUUGCCACUUGAUGAGUUAAAUUGUGGUUGAAAGACAAUGGAAUUGGAUAACAUACUGCAUCAAGUUUAUAUAGAUUUGCCUCAAUACAAAUCUAUAUGUAUAACUUUUUUAAUAUUUUUCAAUAUAUGGUCUCUUCAUUCUCUUGAGUAAUACGUUCCAAAAUUGAGAUGAUCUUAAUCGCUUACCUUUACACGACCCUUCUUGUCUAAUAAACUGUGUAAACCACUGCCAUGCUUGUUCUUCCUUUUCCCCACUAACUUCAAUUAUACAUUUUAAAUAUAUCCUGAAUAUUUCUUUAAUAUAGUUGUCUUGUUAUUUGUUCACUUUAAAGUAUAAUUCAAGACCAGAUAGUUGAGGCUAUAUCACUUGGCAUUGCAGCUAUGGAGUUGAAUGAUGAUUUUAAGAAUAACAUUUCAAAACAUGCUCAACUGUUAUAUUUGCUAUACGGCAGAAUACGUUAAACAACCGUGGUUCAGGAGUCUUUUAAAAGAUAAAAGCUCUGUGCACGUUGUGACUGACUAUUGUCUAAAAUAGCUUCAAAAACUCAUUAAUAAUUCAUGAGGAAAACACAAAGAAAAAUCAUAAACGUGUCGUAUCCUUGAUAUGUGAUAGAGAUUUGGACUAUGAUUGGAUAAUGGGUGAAGGUGCUAAUUACAAAACGUCAAUCAUCCUUAAUGGGCGAAAACAAAUUUGUCAUAGCCAAAUUGGGCAGGCGUUUCCUCUGUACCCGCCCGUCAGCUAAACGCCUGCUACGCAGGCUAGAAUACAUAUGGUUGCUGUGCUGAUUGUGAGAAAUGGGAAAACACCGACAAACGUUCAGCUGAGUAUAAGAAAUGGUAUGAAUCUAAGGGUUAUGUAGAAUGGAAGGAAAGUCAUGAGAGUGAGAAGGCCGAUUGUUUCCGGGUGACAAAGUUGGAUUGUGUUGGGCAUGUACAGAAAAGAAUGGGAACUCAUUCGCGGGAACUGAGGAAGAAAGUAACCAAGCCGAAGGAUGGGAAAUCGGUGAAGGGGAGCAAACAUCGACUGACAGACAAAGUGAUAGAUAAGCUCCAGACAUACUAUGCCAAUGCAAUCAGAGCAAAUGUCAAACCUGGGAAGCUAACUGCACAACAUCAAAAGGAGCAAAUAUCCAUCAUGCAACAGGCUAAAAUGGCAGUUCUAUACCAUUCAUGUGAACUUAUUGAUGACAAAGAGAGACACAAAUUUUGUCCAUCGGGACCAGAUAGUUGGUGCUCUCAUAAAAGAGAAGGAAAACUUCAGAGAAAGGACCAUCAUUUAGACGCAGUUUUCUUGGAGUUUCUGGUCCCUGAAUUCAAGCGUGUGAGUCAGUAUUCUCUUUUGCUUCGUUGCCUUCCCGGUUAUUCGCAGAAUGUCAACGAGAGCUUGAACAGUCUUGUGUGGAACCAUGCCCCUAAACACCGAUUUAAAGGGCCUCGAGUUAUUGAAAUUGCUGCUAUGUCAGCUGUGCUGGCCUUCAAUUGUGGUGUUGCAUCACGACAGGAUGUCAUGAAGGCUGCAAACAUCCCUGGUGGUGAGUUCACCCUGGAAGGCUGCAAGAAGAAAAAUGCGACAAGGAUGAGGCACUCUGUAAAGAAGGCAAAGUUGAAGAAAAAGGAAAGAAGGAGGAAAAUCAGAGAAGCCAAGCUUGCAGCAAACCAAUAG